AUGACAACAUUCGGCUUCCUUAUUACUUGGACUCCAUAUACAAUCGCGUUUUUCUUAGCGGCAUUUCGUGGUAAAGGUUAUGGCACACCACCGGUGAUUGCAUUCCUUUGUGCUUGCUUUGCCAAAUCAUCAGUAGUUUGGAUUCCAAUUAUUUAUGCUAGUACAUCAACACAAUUUCAAUGGAGCUUUGUCAAGCUCACUGCAUUAGAGGGUCUAGACCCAACCAAUCGUGUGGGUCCAGGGUAUACACUAACCAACAUGAACCAGGGAGCAACGAACGCACGUGAGGGUGUCAAACCUGGAAAUCAAACCACCAUCCAUUAA